GAGAGAAAAGGGGGGGGGGGGGAGGCUUUUGUUCCUGCUGCCCCGGGUUUGUGCCCACUGUCCCGGAGUGAGCUCUAGAGAGAACUCUGUGACACUUUUGGUGGAGAAUGCAGGCAAGGCUCUGGGCAAUGUUUUGGGCAGUAAUUAGGUGUUUUUUUUCAGCAGCCCUGUAUGUAGGGCUGAUAGUCCCUAGGUUCCUGUGGUCCUGGCUUAAGGACAUCCUGAUGAUGGGGUAGGGGUAGAUUUAUUAAGCCGACGGCUGACAGGGAUAGAGAUAUCUGCCUGGCUCCCUUCCAGACUAAUGAACAUCACAGGCACUGUGCUCGAACUGGCUCACGAAUGCUCUGAAUUCCUUAAGUAUGACUGGGGUGUCAAAUGGGAUACUGUGUUGUUAGUCUCUCUAAUUGCAGUAGUUCACUAUAAAGUGCAGAGAGACUUGCAAAGAGUAGUGCAGAGAGUCUCAGGAAAAGGGCCAGAAGCAUCGGGACCCCCAGUAUCAGGUAAUCUCACCCCUGAACACCAGAGGGACCUUGGGAAAUUAAUAGAACUGGUGAGUGAGGGUGGGAGAUCAGGGGGAUCUCAGAACGAAUGGCUUAUGAAAAAGAUAGAGAGUCUCGAGAAUGAGAUCCAAACCCUAAGGGGAAGGCAACAAGUUAAUCCCAGCCGACCACAGGAAGCACCAGCAUCAGUGUCAGUCGCCCCAGUGGAAGGCCAGAGAUGGGAACGUGUGUCCUCACGUCUGGAACGGAUGGAGGAAGUAGAGGAAGAUCCGGGCGAGGGACCCUCCCCAAAACCACCAAGGAAGGCAACUCAGAAGACUAACAGACAUGGAGAAGAUAGUGACGAUGAAGGCCAGAGAUGGGAACGUGUGCCCUCACGUCUGGACCGAAUGGAGAGAAAACAAGACAACAUGCAGAAGAGCUGGUCUGCGGCAAGGAACCACAGUGAACCUGUGGCAGUCUCAGCCAUCAGACGCAAACGCACGCCUGUCCGAGUGAAGGACCGCAGUGAGCCUAUGUCACGUGGUGCCAUGUGGAACUACCUGCGUGACCAUGGAGAGGAUAUGAGGAAAUGGCAUGACAAACCCAAUUUUGCACUGCGAGCACGGGUAAGAGAAUUGCAAAAGAGGUCAGCCACUACUGAGGUUGCCUCUACCGCUGCAGACAAUCAAUAGAGGGGCCCUGCCCUCAGCCAGGGGGGGGAGAGGGAUAAUAGAGUGUAUUGGACUGUGUGGAUUCGGUGGCCUGGCACAUCAGAACCACAAAAAUAUAAAGCACUGGU